AUGAUUAAGAACUUGAGCAAUAUGAAGAGUUACAACCAGAAACGUGAAAGAUGUUAUGAGUACAUCGAAGCUCUUGAAGAAGAACGCCGCAAGAUCAAUGUUUUCCAACGCGAGCUUCCUCUUUGCUUGGAGCUCGUCACUCAAGCGAUCGAAGCAUAUAAAAAAGAGAUAUCAGGGACGACGACUGAGAACUUGUACGGACAACCAGAGUGCUCGGAACAGACAACCGGAGAAUGUGGGGCCAUCUUGGAUCUGUUCAUACCCAUUAAAUACUCUUCGACCUCCAUAGAAGAGGAAGAAGAAGAGGUUGAUCAUGAUGAAGAUGGUGAUGGUGAUGGUGAUGGUGAUGAUGAUGAUGAUGGUGAACACGAAUCUCAUGCUAGCGACAUAGAUUCUGAUGACAUGAAAUCUGAAUGGCUCAAGUCUGUGCAGCUCUGGAACCAACCUGACGCAGCUCUCUCCAAUAUAUCGGAACACUCACAACAGGAGACAGAAACGGUGGUGUCAGUCAAAGGAAAUGAGGACGGAGCAGCGUCUAAUCAACCGCCAUAUUGUGAAACGAGCCACGGGAAGAACGACGACAGAAAAUAUCCGGCGACUGUUAGCGGCGGAAGCGGUGGACAGAAAAAGGAUUUGGAGAAAGACGGCGGCCGCGGAAGAGGCCAGAGAAAGCAGAGGCGGUGUUGGUCGCAAGAGUUGCACAGACGCUUUUUGAACGCUCUUAAACAGCUUGGUGGUCCUCAUGGUACGCCGAAACAAAUCAGAGAGCUAAUGAAGAUUGAUGGGUUAACCAAUGAUGAAGUCAAAAGUCAUUUACAGAAAUAUAGGCUGCAUACAAGACGUCCAAGCCAAACAAUCUCUAACAACAGAAACUCUCAAACGCAACAUUUCGUGGUCGUCGGUGGACUAUGGGUCCCACAAGCUAGCCACUCCACGGAAAACGCCGUAGCAUCGGGUGAGACCACCACCGGGAUUUACGGACCUAUGGUCAGUCCGUUGCCCUCAGAGUGGCCGAGCAAUUCCAUUUCUGGUCGGACAAUUUCGGAGGAAAGAUCAAGAUUCUCUAACAGAGGAAUUACUCGGUGUAGCUCACCAGCAAUGUCUUCUUCUACUCGUACAAAGACAAAAGAUGCAAAAAUAUCAUAA